AUGGGGAAGAAGGCGGUGUUGAUCGGAUGUAACUAUGCAGGAACCCAGGCGGAGCUUCAGGGAUGCAUCACGGAUGUCAAGAGAAUGUACCGUUGCCUGGUAGAUCGGUAUGGGUUUUUGGAUGAAGAUAUCAAAGUCCUCAUCGAUACCAAAGACUCUUGUACCCAACCUACAGGUCGUAACAUUUUUCAAGCUCUUAUUGAUCUUGUUAGUUCGGCCAAGUCUGGAGACGUCCUCUUUGUUCAUUACAGUGGACACGGAGUUCGCCUUCCUGUUGAGGCUAGUGACACUGACGAUACUGGAUAUGAUGAGUGUAUUGUCCCCUCUGACUUCAAUCUAAUUCACGAUCAUGACUUUAGAGAGCUCGUUGAACAAGUGCCUCAUGGUUGCCGAAUAACCAUUGUAUCAGAUUCAUGCCAUAGCGGUGGACUAAUCCACGAGGCUAAAGAACAGAUUGGUCUCAGUUACAACGUUCGUAGUAAUAAAAAUAGGAAUAAUACAGAAGAACAAGAAGACAGCGGGUCGGGUUUUGGAUUUACAAGUUUCUUGUUCAAAAUUGCUGAAAAUGUAUUAGAAUCUUGCAGCAUUUGCCUUCCUUUUGGAUUGUGGCAAAAGGGUCUUGAAGACGAAGUAGAAGAAGAGCAAGAAAAAGAAGUAGAAGAAGUAAACUAUACAAGAGGUCCUCGAUUUAAAAACAGAUCAUUACCUCUUCCUACCCUCGUCGACAUACUAAAACAAAAAAGCGACAAAAAAGACAUCGAUGUUGUGGAAAUAGGGCCAACCGUGUUGGAUAUAUUUGGUGAAAGUUCUAGUCCAAAAGUAAAAGAUUUCAAGGACGUCCGAGGUGGUGAUAGUGCUUUUCUUGGAAUGGUCGUGAAUCUGAAUCGGGAAUUCCCUUUGCAAAAGCUCCAAAAAGAUUCGGAUGAUACAGAUCCCACAAUCGAAACAGAAGUGGAAUGGAAUGAAGAUGAAUAUGCUAGAUCACAGAAACCAGAGUUGCCACAAAAUGGAAUAUUAAUUAGCGGGUGCCAGACCUAUGAAACUUCUGCUGAUGCAACCCCAGUUCGAAAUCAAGCUUAUGGGGCUCUUAGCAAUGCAAUUCAGAAAGUCAUUGAAGAAUCUGAUGGUGUUGUUAGUAAUCUUGAGCUAGUGCUCCAAGUUAGGAGGUUGCUGAAGCUGCAGGGAUACUCUCAAAACCCAGGGCUUUACUGUGAUGAUAACCAUGCCCAUUCUGCUUUCGUUUGCUAA